AUGGCCUCGGCACAGCAGCGUGCGCACCGUCGUCAGCAUUCUCCGGCUUCGUUUUGUCUCUCCCUUGAUGUCGUGGGACCGUUUGUGCGUGUGGCAGAUGAUGUCUCGCAUAAGCGUCGGUAUGCACUGGUAGGUGUCCUCGUGGUCCCUGUCGAUGCGCAGGGUAAACCAGUUUUGGGUGAAGACCAAGAGCAGGCUUCGGGUGAGGAUAAGGAUGCUUGCGUGCGGGAUGUUGAUCCUGACUUCGAGGAGCUUCAGAAGGACGUUGAUGAGUGGUUCGGUGCUCUUGCGGAUGAUGCUUCCGAAGUCUAUGAGGGUCCUGAGGCCCUUUGGGAAGGCGAAAACUUGGAAGCUGAGGUCCCGCUGGAAGGUGAACGAUUGGACGCUCCAGAGGUUGGAGGUCCUGAGGAUGCGUGGGCUAAGCAGCAAUCCGAUUAUGAAAAGGAGGCUGAGGGCAUGGCGUGGAGAGAAGUUGUUUUUGUGGAGCUGUUGGAUCGUAAGACCCCGCAAAGCGUGUGCUUGGCGGUUGGCCGUAUUCAUGCUCAACUUGUGGAGCUUGGCUUUCCAUUAGCUCGCAUUCAUGCUGACGCUGGUACUGAGUUUACUGAUGAGCGUCUGCGGGAGUAUGCUGCGUCUCGCGGUAUCCUCCUUACACUCGCCCCUCCCACCGAGCAUGACAGUAACGGUAGAGUUGAGAACGUCGUCAAAAGACUCAAAGUCCAAGUACGAGUGUAUUUGCAGCUGGUGGGUAAUGAUACAUCUAAGUGGGCCCUGGCCUUUCGUGCGGCGGCCGCCACAUGGCGAGCCGAUACCUUGAGGAAGUUUGGUAUGGCGGUUAAACCGAUAGUGCCGUUCGGCACCCGGACCCAGGUUUUGGUUCGACACUGGCUCAGGCGUCGGCAGCGAGAAUGGCAUAUGCGUGCUACUCCGGCUGUCGUUUUGGCACCGGCCACGUAUGUGAGACAAGGCUAUGUCGUCAAAGUAGGCAACAAGCUUUCUGUCGUUAGUAAACUUCACUUUGGCGAAGAAUCGGAUCUGCAACUUUUCGUUGGCAAGGGCUUACCUCCGAUUGCCGAGCCCGGGGCCGUGAGACGGCGCAUGCGUGGCAAGGUAACUCCCUCUCCUGCAUUUCGGAUUUGGGGUAAGCGGUCUUUGCGAGCUUUGCGCGAGAGACCGGGGCCAGGGAUUGAUGAGGAUGCUCAGGCGGCCCGGUUGGCAGAACAGGCCGUGGUGCACAAGGACACGUCGAACGAUUAUGAGUCGCGUUCCGGUUUGGUGCCUUUGCAGGUUCCGGAGCGCGGUGAAGUUGAGGUUGUGUUGAGUUGCGUGAAGCUUGGUUGUGAUGUCGACGUGAGCUUGGUUGAUAGCGUUCAGGCGGUCUCGGACAUGAGUUUGGCUGUGCGUGAUAAGGGUGCGGUGGAUCUUGGCUUGACCUUGGAGGAUAACUUGGUUGAAGCGUCGUGCCCCAUGGAUGAGGCUACCUUGAGUUGUCUUGGUGACCAAACUUCUGCUCAAGUGGAUGGCACUGGGAGUCAUGUUGAUGGUCCUUGCGCUUGGUUGCUGAGUGGUGAAACUUUUGAUGCAGCUGACCGUCAGGAUCAAGAGGAUGAUGCUGCUAGCGUGUGUAGUUGGCAUACCGCGUCUGAAGGUGAAGUUGAGCAAGCUCCAUGGGACUUGUCAGAGCUGACGGCUCACAUUGAGGAGCUUGAUCGUGCUCAGUUGAGGUUGAGCGGGUUCGCUGAGGACCGUUUGGCGCGUUGGCUUGAGCAUGCAGGUGGGAGUGAGGCCGUUGCUACUUUAGGCGAUACGGACUUGGCUGAGGUCCAAGGGGCAUGGGAUAGAGUCCACGAGCUUCGCGAGGAACUGAAAGCUCUAACUGCGGUUGAGGUGUCCACGCGUGCGUCUGAGGAUGAUGGUACAGACACGGUGCUGCAGACCCGAACUGUAUCUCUGUCGGAGGUCCUGGCGAACUGGGAAGUUUGGGAGCAUCCUGCAAACAAGGAGAUUUCGGCCUUGGUGGAUGAGAAGCGCGCCUUGAUUCCAGUUGAUUGGAAACAAGUGCAGCGGUGGAAAGACUCUGGAAAACGAGUAAUCACCAUCCCUGCUAAGGCUGUGUGGACAAUUAAGGCUCCGGAUGGUCGGCAUAAAUGUCGAAUAGUGGCGUGUGGAAACAUGGCACCCUCGAAGGAUGAAAGUCGGCAGGAUCACAAGGAUGCUGUGUUUGCCUCUUCCCUUGAUGUCACACACCUUCGAUGUGCCUUGGCAGUAGCUGCGAGACGUUCCUAUGAGAUAGCCAUCACUGACAUUAGGACCGCAUUUCUUAAUGCGGAGCUUUUACCGAGGGCGAGGGUCAAGGCGGAGCAAGCCGCUGCGGCGGCUGCGCAGGGAGAGAGCGUACCAAUCGAUGAAAUCGUGAUCUUAAUCCCUCCGCGUUGUUUGGUGCAGCGGGGCUUAGUCGGCAAAAACACCCUUUGGCAGGUGGCCAAGGCGAUUUACGGACUUGACACUAGUCCUAGAGACUGGAGCCUGAGUCGAGAUUUCUCGCUGAGGCGGGUAGUCGUGAAGUAUAAAGAUCAGGAGCUCAGAUUGUUUCAAUCGUUUGCGGACCCCAAUCUCUGGCUUAUCGCCGAGAGCGAACCGGAGUCGUACAUUAAAGACCUUGCGGAUCGGUACUCCCAUGAGCUUCAGAAGGUUAAGCAUUGCGGGACCCCGUUGGGACCAGGGGUAAUGGAGCCGGAAGCAGUGGAGAACAUUGACAGCAGUGUACUUCGUAAGUGUCAGCGUUUGAUUGGCGAAAUCCUGUGGGUCAGUGUGCGUACGCGUCCAGAUGUGUCGUUUUCGAUAUCCAAACUUGCGCAGUGGAUGAAUCGUGACCCGUCCAGAACUUACCAACUGGGGUUGCAUGUGCUUGCUUACCUGGUUGAUUCUGCGAAUGUUGGAUUGGUGUACUUGUGUUCUGAUCCGAGCGGCCCAAGACCGGGACGAAAGGAGGCUGGAUGUAACAACCUGCUGGAAGUGCUCACGGACAGUUCAUUUGCACCGGAUGCUCAUGUCUACCUCUUGGCGGAAUUGGCCCAGAAAGCGCCGCGCGUCCACAUCUACAAUGAUAAUCAAGCAGCCGUAUCUGUCUUCGUAGGGCAAAACUCCCAUUGGAGAACGAGGUCGUUGAGAAUCAAAGCUCGCACGAUGCGCGAGCGGUGGGAAAUGGGGUUUUACAUGAUUAGCCACAUUGAGGGGUUGCAGAACGGAGCUGAUUUAGGUACCAAGCCUUUGGGAGCUCAACGCGUAAAGUAUCUGUGCAGUCUGAUCGGAGUUCAAGAGAUAGGAAACACUUCAGUCCACAACCCGAAGGAGAGCCAGGGUCUGUCGAAGGCCACGUUGAAGUGUUUGCAGGUUGUGCUUUUGGCAUGUAUGGUUUGCCAAGCUGAAGGACACCGGUCCACUGAGGUUGAUGAUGACGGAAUCGAAUGGAUGUUCUGGAUAGGGGUCGUAGUUACGGUCGUGUGCUGUUGGGAAGGGCUGAAGUUUGGGAUUAGGACUCUUUCGGCGGUUCUAGCUCGGCUGCGAAGGCCGGAUUUACAAGAGCCUUUACCUGAGGACCAUGUAGAAGCACUGCAGAUGCAGACAGAGCUCAGAGAGGAGAGAGAGAGUCGUUUGAGAGCUAGGCGUCGAGGACUACCAGUUCAAACCACUGAGCCGGAACUUGAACCGGCAUCUCAGCAGGUGCCCACUCGAGUGAUCAGGUAUUUGGACGAUGCUGUUGAAAUCCCUGUAAGUCCUUCGGACGACCGCCCUGCCCCACACGUGCGAGUGUUGAGUUUCGAAGAGGCUAGACAACAGGCGAUUAGGGCUAAUAAUCCUCAGUUUUUUGGGACCCAAGGCCCAAGGGCGGGUGUCGUUGGCCUUCAUCCCGAUCGUAUGGUUGCUCCUGCAAUCACGGAAGAUUGGCAAGUGCCGGUUAGGGUUCCUUUACGGGACAUCGAUCAGCAGCGGUCGGUCUGGGGAAGCAGGCUCUCGGCAGCAGGACCUGGACAGGAUGACUUCCUGCAUCAGCACCGGCGGUAUUGA